GACGCACCGCGCCAGAUGAGGACGCUGAGAACAGACAGAACAGGAAAUUCAUUGACAGCGUCACUCAGCCAAGAGGUGCUGGGGCCCAAGAUGUGAGCCCAGGAGCGUGACUUGAAGCCUGACGGCUGCAGGAAGGCUCCGCCGUCAGCAGGCGCUGGGAAGAAGCCGCACCCCGUUGCUGAAAUGUUCGACGACACCGAUCAUCAGAGCCAAGAUUUCUGAAGACUCCUUUCUAGAAACAGUUGGGAAGAUCUGAGAAGCACAAGAUACAGAAUUUCUUCAGAAGGCCGUAAAGCAGCACACUGAGAGCGCCGGGCGGCCCUUGACCCUGGCGGCGCUGAGAGCAGCCCGCCCUCUCCCAGAGCGCCGAGAAAUGCGGGUCCUCGGGGCUGGCGCCGCCCCCCAGCUCCCGGCUGUGCUGCAGGCCGUGGCCCCGGGGCUCUGAGCACACCCAGCCGGACACCCACCACCAGGCGCUGCCACCCACGGGCGUUUGCUGCCGAAAUCCCCGCUGCGGCCCAGCCAAUGAGGAUGUGCGUCCCCGCCAGGGGGCUGCUCACCGCCCUUGCCGUGGUGUUUGGGACAGCGGUGGCGUUUGCUCCCGUACCUCGGAUCACCUGGGAGCACCAAGAGGUGCCGCUGGUGCAGUUUCACGAGCCGGGCAUCUUCAACUACUCGGCCUUGCUGCUGAGCGAAGACAAGGACACCUUGUACGUGGGCGCCCGGGAAGCCGUGUUUGCCUUGAACGCGCACAACAUCUCCAAGAAGCUGCACGAGGCCUACUGGAAGGUCUCAGAAGAUAAAAAAGCCAAAUGCGCGGAGAAGGGGAAGUCAAAACAGACGGAAUGCCUGAACUACAUCCGCGUGCUGCAGCCGCUGAGUGCCGGCGCCCUUUACGUGUGCGGGACCAACGCGUUCCAGCCGGCCUGCGACCACCUGAGCUUAACAUCCUUUCAGUUUCUGGGGAAAAAUGAAGAUGGCAAAGGAAGGUGUCCCUUCGACCCCGCGCAGAGCUACACGUCUGUCAUGGUCGACGGAGAGCUUUAUUCCGGGACGUCGUACAACUUUUUGGGAAGCGAACCCAUCAUCUCCCGAAAUUCUUCCCACAGCCCUCUGAGAACAGAGUACGCGAUACCCUGGCUGAACGAGCCCAGCUUCGUGUUUUCCGACGUCAUCCGAGAGAGCCUGGACAACGGCGAGGACGACAGGGUCUAUUUCUUCUUCACGGAGGUGUCUGUGGAAUACGAGUUUGUCUUCAAGCUGCUGAUCCCCCGGGUGGCGAGGGUGUGCAAGGGGGACCAGGGCGGCUUGAGGACCUUACAGAAGAAGUGGACCUCCUUCCUGAAGGCCAGGCUCAUCUGCUCCCGGCCGGAGAGCAACCUCGUCUUCAACGUGCUGCGGGACGUCUUCGUCCUCCGGGCACCGGGCCUGAAGGAGCCCGUGUUCUACGGGGUCUUCACCCCACAGCUCUGGUGCGACGUGCUCCCCGGACAGGAAGGCUGUCCCGGCUGGCACGGGAUUAGCAUCGUGUGGGAUUCACGUUGCUGUAUCAACCGGGAGGCACGGGCGGCCAACCUCUCCAGCUCGCUCAACCUGCCAGACAAGACCCUGCAGUUUGUCAAAGAUCACCCGCUGAUGGACGACUCCGUGACCCCGGUAGACAACAGGCCCCGGCUGGUCAAAACCGACGCGAACUACACGCAGAUCGUGGUGGACAGGACCCAGGCCCUGGACGGGACCGUCUACGAUGUCAUGUUUGUCAGCACAGACCGGGGCGCCCUGCACAAAGCCAUCAACCUUGAGAAUGACGUCCACAUCAUCGAGGAGACACAGCUCUUCCAGGACUUCGAGCCGGUCCAGACCCUGCUGCUGUCCUCCAAGAAGGUAAAAGUCUUCGGCCCAUCGUGCCUGAGCCUCAGUGUGGAAGGCUGCCCCACGCCGCGCCGCACAUGCCUGCGGGUAACCUGUGCCCGGUUGUUUUGCAGGGGGCUGAUUCAGGAAAUGAGCGGGGACACAUCCGCUUGCCCCGAUAAAGUUAAAGAAAGUUACCGGCAGCAUUUUUUCAAGCGUGGUGGCACAGCAGAACUCAAGUGCUCCCAAAAGUCCAACCUGGCCCGGGUGGUGUGGAAGUUCCGGGACAGCGUGCUCAAGGUCGAGAGCCCCAAGUACAGCCUGGUGGGCAGGAAGAACUUGCUCAUCUUCGACCUGUCGGAAGGAGACAGUGGGGUGUACCAGUGCCUGUCGGAGGAGAGGGUCAGAAACAAGACCAUCUUGCAGGUGGUGGCCAAGCACGUCCUGGAGGUCAAGGUGGUCCCGCGGACCCCGGCGGCCUCUGCCCCGCCGGCCACACGGACAGAAGGUGGCAGGAUCACCCCCAAAAUGUCGCUGGGGCCCACCCAAGGCUCCCCUCCCCAGACCCCAGCUGUGCGGGUCAGCACGCCCAGUGCCGUCAGCCCCCCGUCCCACCCCGCAGCGCCCACCAGCACGUCCUGUGAACCAAAGAUCGUCAUCAACACGGUCCCCCAGGUCCACUCGGAGAAGACAAUGUAUCUCAAAUCCAGUGACAACCGCCUCUUCAUGUCCCUCUGCCUCCUCUUCUUCGUCCUGUUCCUCUGCCUCCUGACCUACAACUGCUACAAGGGCUACCUGCCCGGGCAGUGCCUGAAGUUCCGCUCGGCCGUGUUCCUCGGGAAGAAGAAGCCCGCGCUGGACUUCUCCGACUGCGAGCAGAGCGGGAAGGAGACGCUGGUGGAGCAGGGCAGCUUCUCCCAGCAGAACGGAGGGCAGCCCAAGCCGGCCCUGGACACCGGCUACGAGACGGAGCAGGACACCAUGGCCAGCAGGGUGCCCACCGACAGGGAGGACUCGCAGAGGAUGGACGAGCUCCCGGGCCGGGACAAGCCGUUCGACGUCAAGUGCGAGCUGCAGUUCGCCGAUUCGGACGCGGACGGGGACUGAGGCGCCCGGCGCGCGCAGGGAGGUCCCCGUGUGGCCAGUUCCGUCCCCCGCCCAGUGCCUCGUAGGUAGCCGUCGUCUGCAGACCUCCGUCUUCUGUGUCUUCUUCUCUUGGGUCGCACUUGUGACUUGGUUUCUCUUUGUCCUUUCGGAAAACGCCGACCAUCGCGUGCGGCCUCCCUCGGUGGGUCGGAGCGCUUGGGGACGAGCCCGCGCCGUGGCGGGAGGGCGGCCCUCCUCACGGCGGCCACUGCAGGAUAGCUUACUUCCAGAUUGGAAAUGACGUUCUUCGUUUAUCAGAUUGGUAACUUAUCGCCUGUUUUCCAGGUUGGCACGGACCGUUUUUCCCCCACGUAAUUACUUUUUUAGGAUUUGGCUUUAAUUGUGUUGGUAUGUUAGGUCUUUUUUUUUUGAUCACUGAAGCAGAUGUGUUUAAUAUUUAGGAGAUGCACAUCUCGGUUCUGCCGUCUGGUAGGGAAAGGUAUGGCUUACGUUGCUUGAGAUUCUCAGGGAUAAACUUGCUUUUGCUUAAAUGCGUUCUUUUCUGCUUUUAGAAGUGUAGACAAAACCGUCUCUUGAACAUCCUUUUUGUUUUGUUUUUUUUAAUUUCAUUCUUGAGGGAAGCACCGUUUUCAGAGAUUCUCUUUCUGUUCCUUUAUUUCUCUUGUUUUAAGUCUUUGGAGGAGGAGAAGGUUGUGGAGGACGCAGCGCCAGGCAGGGUGUCAAGGGAGGGACGGGGCCUGGGAGAGCCAGGCUGGCCCAGAGCCGAGGGGACGCGCGUUUUCACAGUCCGAUGCCCACGGCCGCCGGUCAGAACCUCCUGUCCAGACAGACGGACAUUCGCCGGGAUGUCUCGGUCGUCUGAACGUCUCCCUUCCUUUCACUUCCGCCUCGUGCCCCCGGCCGCCCAGACUCUCCGCUUGGCGUAACAAGCUGACCACGACUGGAAGAGAGCGAGGGGCCAGGCCAGUGACCACAGGCCUCCCCCAGAGGUCACGGCGCAGACCGGCCCAGCCCGGCCCCGUCUUUAGAGGUGCAAGCGGGCGGCAGUCUCCCGCCACCGGUGUGACACUCCACCUCCUGCUUUCCGGAUGCCCGCAAGAGGAGCCUUUCUUUUCCGUGGCAAAGAGCAAUAAACUGAGUGUGUGUGUGUGGACAGUGUCAUCUUCCAGCAUGAUGGAUUCGACCGUUUUGGUGUAAACAUUUGUGUUUUGUAAGAUUUACUUUGUUUUUAUUUUUCUACUUUGAAUUGUAUACAUUUGGAAAGUAACCAAAUAAACGAGACGCUUACAUCCUUG